ACAAUUCUAAAAACUAACAACAUUUCUCAAAACUCCCAGAAUGAGUCGUCUAAUGACAGCAAAAGAAAAACGCGAGAUUGCUGAUCGGAAGCGUCGCGAACGCAAGCGCAUGCAGGAGGUGGCAAGAAAGGAGCGGGAAGGAUUCUACAAGCAAUUCAAGCAACGCCGUCAUUGUGCCUCGGUUAAGGAGCGUAUUGGCAGUAAGAGCUCGAACAGGCUCUUCGAUGAAGUCGAGGACGAAGAUGAUGAUGAUGAUGAUGAUGAGGAAGAUAUGAGCGACUUUAUUGUGGAAGGACAGGAGAGAGAGCUGGAGAACGUUUCCCUACACAUUCGAGAUAUUUUUGGCUACGACAAGCGUCGCUACCGAGAUGAUUCCGACGAUGAUCUGAGCAACAUGGAAUCCACUUUUGCCCAAGUACAACGUGAAGAGCAGAUGAGUCAGCGCCUAGGACGCAAGGAGGACAUUGCCGACAUGCGCUUGGAGCGCGAACUGAAGAAGCGGAAAUUGAAGCAAUAAAGUAUUUAGGUGGGGAGCAGACAAAAGUUUAUUAA